GAACUGCGAGCUACGGAGCGGAGGCGAGCUAGCGGCCGCCACAGCCGACUGGAGGAGCUUCGAGGGAGAUUUUUCACCUUUAAUUUCGCACCGAGAGGACAAUUUGAGUUUGAUGUCAUUUUGCGGAACCCAGAGCAGCGGCCGUCGCAGCAAAUGGGACCAGCCCGGCCCCGGCCCUGGCUCUGCUGGGAUGGGGGAGGCUGAAGCUGCGCCCUCCGGAGCUCUGGACGCUGCGGCUGCGGUGGCUGCCAAGAUCAACGCGAUGCUGGUGGCCAAAGGCAAACUGAAACCGUCACAGAUCGGCAUCCCUGGACCCCCUGACAAGGUCGUGGGUGUUGGGAAGCCUCCGGUGCCGACGAAGGCCAAAGACGACCUGGUGGUGGCUGAAGUGGAGAUCAACGACGUCCCGAUCACGUGUCGGAACCUACUGACCCGCGGACAAACACAGGACGAGAUCAGUAAAGUGAGCGGCGCUGCGGUGUCGACCCGAGGACGCUACAUGACGGCGGAGGAGAAGGGGAAAGCUCUGCCAGGGGAUCGACCUCUUUACCUGCACGUCCAGGGACAGACGAGAGAGCUCGUCGACAGAGCUGUGAACAGAAUCAAGGAGAUCAUCACCAACGGCGUGGUGAAAGCUGCUACUGCUUCAUCGUCUGCUUCCUCUUUCACCCCCAGCGGGGCUUCAGUCACAGUUUACCAUCAGCACAACCCGCCUCCUCCCUCGCUGCCGCCCAUGACGCACCACAAACCGCACUUUCAGUCGGGGAUGCAUUACGUUCAGGACAAAGUCUUUGUGGGUCUGGAGCACGCGAUCCCGGGCUUUGUGGUCAAAGAGCGGGUCGAGGGUCCCGGAUGUUCGUACCUGCAGCACAUCCAGGCCGAGACCGGAGCCAAAGUCUUCCUCCGGGGGAAAGGAUCGGGCUGUUUGGAGCCGGCGUCGGGACGGGAGGCCUUCGAACCCAUGUACAUCUACAUCAGUCAUCCGAAACCAGAGGGACUGGCAGCGGCUAAAACCCUGUGUGAGAAUCUGCUGCAGACGGUCCACGCAGAAUACUCUCGCUUCCUUAAUCAGAUGAGCACGAUGAUGCCAACGCAACAAGGCUUCGCUCAGCCUCCGGUGGUGAACGGGUUGCCCCCCCAGCCUCCUUAUUACCCCCCUGCGGGCUUCCAGCCGGGCUACCCCAUGGCGGUGCCUCCACCUCAGCCCCAGCCGGUGCCGCUGCCUUACUCCGUCCCGCCUCCGAUCCCUCAGGUGGCGGCGGCGGGGGUUCCCUCUCAGUACCCUCUCCGCCCGGCUCCUGCCCCCGGACCGGUUCCUACCCCGGUCCCUGCCCCAGUUCCUGUUUCUGCCCCGGCUCCGGCCCCGGUUCCUGCUCCUGUUCCGGCUCCGGACGCUCUGCCACAGACUCUUCCUCCCGUACGUUUUCCUCCGUCUGCUGCGGUGCCACCCAAAGCUCCGCCUCCCGCCGCCCCGACCAACCCGCCGCAGAAGCGACGCUUCACCGAGGAGGUACCGGACGAGAGGGACAGUGGGCUGCUGGGAUACCAGCAUGGACCCAUUCAUAUGACUAAUUUAGGUGCAGGCUUCACAGUGGGCAGCCCCGAGACUGCAGGACCCCCACCACCGAGUUCCUCUGGCCUGCCGAGUGAGAGGGACAGCAGGCAGCUAAUGCCUCCGCCAGCGCUGCCCGUGAACGUCGUCAGGCCCACCAUGGAGGAGCGCAGGCCGCUGCCGCCGCAAUGCCCCCUGGAGCCUGCGGUGAAAAGACAGAAAACCGGUUUGGUUGCGUACGCUGGAGACUCCUCUGAUGAAGAGGAAGACCACCCCAGCUCCAAAGCCUCAGGGCCAGGUAACCCUGGGGCCGUUCCCCCCACAUCCGCCUCCCCGGGCUGGACGCAGGGCUACCGCUGCCCUCCGCCGCCGCCCCCUCGUGCCAAAACCCAGCCUCAGCAGCAGUCCAUGCCCUUCUGGAUGGCGCCUUGAAGCAGGAACAACCGAAACUCCCUCAGUGCUUUGUGACAAGUCUUACGGGACGUCCGCCCAAACUGAGCCGGCGUUCUCCCGCCGCUGACCGCGGAUGAAUCGAAACAGCUUUGUGCUGGUUUCAGCAAUUUUUUUUUGGGUUCAAAUGGACGCACUGAUGUUUUGUAAAGAUCCUGUUUGUUUCUUCUGUGCACGUAUCAUAGUCUGAAGAGGAACCGCAGCGUUGGGUCAGAACACAUGAAAAACAAGUCGAGCAUUUGAGCAAGCUCACAGAAAAACGUCCCGCACAGAUCCAGUGCACGAGAUGAACGCUUGUUGAGUUGAGUUUUGAGACUUUGGAGGCAGCUGAUUGGUCGCUUUAGAGAAUAAAGUGCAAUCAAGUCAUCCGAGAUAACACACCCUUCUAGUACUGUGGAUCAGCUGUAGUACCUGAUUGUGCCACCAGGUGGAGCCUCUUACAGUAUCACAGAGAGAGAGCAUUGUGGGUGAUUUUGCUGUUAAAGGGGCGCCAUGACAAAGACCUCUGUGACCCUUUGUGGCAUCCAGACGUUUAUCAAACCAAGCAGAGAGCAUUGUGGGAGUUGAGCUGGUAAAGCAGCACCAAGACUCCUGAGCCUAAUCGGUCCGUCAGUCACUCCACAAAUGUUCAAGUGUAGCUGAAGACCAGCUCGGGCCUUUAUUUACAUCUGCUGUCAUAGAUGUUCCUCGUGAGUUGAUGUUUGAUCAUUCUGAGCCGACACUGGACGUUUGUUGUGUGCUGUUUCUAGCUACGUACCAGCUGGGAUGGAGGAAUGUUCUCUCAGCUUGAUUGAAAACACUCAGACGUCGUUAGGCAUCACGUAGUGGUCGUCAUGGUGACCUUUAACGAGCUAGAAACACAAACAGCGUUACAGCAAGAGGAUCAGAGUGGUGGAACAAUCAGGUACCACAGCUGAUCUACAGCGUCUGAGGACAGCGUGUGAUUGGAUCGGGGCGUCUCUAGAAAAGAAAAUAUUAGUCAGUCAGUCCAGGUGUUGGUUUUGUUUUUUAAAGCUUUUUGAAUUCAGACGAGGACUGACCAAUGGGAUAAAUACCUAAAAGUAAAUAUUCAAACCAGCACUGAUCAUCCUGUUGGAUUUGUUUGGUGCUAGUUCUUGGUUCUUCUACUGAGCAGCUGCUCCACCUGUCUGUAAAGCGACCAAUCAAACGGCAGCGUGAUCCACCGCCGUCCCGCCUCUAAAGUCUUAAAACUCGACCCAAGGAGCAGUUCUGUGAGCUCGAGUCCCGUUUGGAUUUGCUUUGAUGCCGUGAGCAGCGUUUGCAGGACUGAUGCUUCGGCUGCUAAAUCCUCCGGUUUCACGUUGGACUGACGUGUUGGCGCCGUCAUACAGAAACCGGACGGCCAUGUUGAACCACUGACCAGGUUUCCUUUGAUCCAGCUUCUCCUUCGUUCUUUACUUUCUUUCUGUCGGUCGGUGGCGUCACCUUUUCCUAACCUGCUGUUUCCUUUUGUACAGAUCAUAUCAGACGUUGGUGUAGAAACAAAUCCUACUGACUUCAUUUCAUGGUUUUAUGAAAUAAACUUAAUUUAUUGCUGUG